AACUUCAAGCACUGGAUUAAGCUUGUAUAUGUGGCUUGUCCAUGAGAUAUUUUCAGAAUAUCUGAAACCCUGUUGCCCACAAAAUCUUGAAAUCUCGAUGUCUCAUUCUUGGUGUAUUUUAUCACUGAGGUGCUGUCAGUCCAGAAAACAGAAUCCAGCAUCAGUCCUGUGUGCUGCCAUCACAGCUGCCGUUAGUUCCAGUCGUGGAAAAGUAAUUGGCUUUAAAGGAGCCACCCUGGCCUUUCCCAUUACAAAGAAACUGCACGGCUCCACCUUGGUGUUGUGCACAGCAAGCAGGUACCUUUUUUAUACCCUGCCUCACUUGCGUCUGCAAAGUGGUGUAACUAAGAAGAAGUCACAUUUCCAAAGCCUGCAGGCUUAAAGCAUCUCCUGACUUUGACGUCCUUCAGUAGGUGGAGCUUCUGGAUCCAUUUUAUUUUGUGUCCUACACAAAGCCUUGCCUGCACAUAUCCUGUAAGAUUUGUUUAGCCUUUAGGACCACUGGAACCAGGACUCUCAGUGGGUUAUAAAUUGAACUGACCAUAGACAGGAUCCCUUUACAAGUCAGGGGUUGAUCUUGAAUCACCAUCUUGAAUUUAAAUGCUCUGAAUGAACACAUCACUGCACAGCCAAUGCUCUUUCAACAGGAAAUAUACCAUAGUCCAAAUCCAACUCUUUCACAUCCUUUCCCCUUUCCUCUUGAGGUAUUGCGGCCAACACAUUUGUACUGUUGCUUAUCCACUUCUUUAGCUGAAAGCCCCCUCUGGCACUAAAGGCUCAUGAUAGAGAGCCACAGACUGAGACUUCGAGGCAACUGAAGCAAGACAGUCGUCCAGGUUAGAACUGUGCAAAACUGUAUCCACCACAUGUUGUCCUCAGCACACUUGGGUAAAGAGAAAUAUGUAAACAACUUGGCUCUGAAGUUGCUCUCAAGAGAUGGACAAGCAUCCUGUACUCCUCCAUGCGCUGAGACACAUCUUCAUUGGGCCACCAGAGAAACCUUAACAGUUACAAAUGCAGACAUCGCCUGUGAUUACAGUUCAUAUCCCAUCUACCCGUUUGCCUUCAGGACCCAUACACACCACCUUGGUAAAGUGGUCAGUGGCUACAGGAUCCGAGACGGAAAGUGGAGCCUGAUUGGGAGACAGUCCCCUCAGCUACCACAGGCUUUCUAUCCUGCUAACAAGGAUGUCAAUGUGAAGUAUGGUGACACCAUUGCAGGCAGAUGUGUGUUUACUGGGGAGGGCAGAACCUCCAAAACGUAUAUUGGUGGUACUUCUGAUGAUGAAAUGUGCAACUUCUAUAUAAUGUACUACAUGGACCGCAAACAUGCCAUCCCCUACAUGAACUGUAUGGAGUCUGGCUCCAAACAGCUGUUUCAGCUUAUUCCAGCUGAGGCCAACAUUCCCAUCGCUGUCAGUCCAGGUCAUAUGAACUCUAUGACGCAUAUGAGACACUCAACAGAUCACCAAGAUAACAGAUUGCUGUUGGAGAUGAAAAAAGCACAGCAAGUUCUGGAUCAGGACUACCAUUUGGAGCAAGUCUCAGCGUGGCCUCAGAGUUCUCUCCAGUUGGGUCAGGUGUCAGGACUUGCCCUCGACUCAGAUUCUAACUUGGUCAUUUUCCACAGAGGUGACCAUCACUGGGGAGCUGACUCUUUUAACAGCCAGGCCAAAUACCAGCAGAGGUCCCUUGGUCCUAUUCAACAGUCCACUAUUUUGGUUGUGGACCCAGUGAAAGGCAUCAUCUUAAAGGCUUCUGGCAGAGACAUGUUUUAUUUGCCUCAUGGAAUAACUACAGACAAAAAGAAUAAUUACUGGGUCACAGAUGUGGCUCUUCAUCAGGUGUUAAAAGUGAGCAGUGAUGGCAGAGACAGAGUGUUACUGGCACUAGGAGAGGCUUUCACACCCGGAAGUGACAGCAGCCACUUCUGCCAGCCCACCGAUGUGGCUGUGGACCCUGAGACUGGGAACAUCUUUGUGUCUGAUGGCUACUGCAAUGCCAGGAUACUAAAGUUCUCUGCUGAUGGCAAAUACCUGUCUGAGUGGGGUGCAGGCUCAUCAGAUAGGAGGAGGCGCAUACCGUUCCGGAUCCCCCACAGCCUGGUGUUCCUUCCUGACAGACAGGAAAUUUGUGUGGCUGACAGGGAGAACGGACGUAUCCAGUGCUUCAUAGCCGAAACUGGAGAGUUUGUCAAGGAAAUAAAGAAAGAGGAGUUUGGAGGGGAGGUGUUUGCCAUCACCUUUAGCCCUACUGGAGAUGGCUUGAUCUUUGCAGUAAAUGGGGAGUCUCCGUAUCGCUCAGCUCCACUCAGAGGUUUUGUAAUUGAUUAUUCAACAAUGGAUAUUUUGGAUACCUUCAGCCCAGAGAAAAAGGAGUUUAAAAUGCCUCAUGACAUCGUUGAAACCAGGGAUGGCUGCGUGUUUGUAGGGGAUGCAGGCAGUAAAUCCGUCUUCAAGUUCACCACUGAGAAAUUCCAUCGCUCCGUCAAGAAAGCUGGGAUCGAGGUUCAAGAACUUGAAGAAAUGGAGACGUUUGUCCAAACUAAAGUAAGGCCGGAACACAACAUGUCGAAGACAGCAGCCAUCCAAGAGAAGCAAUCUGUGGCUCUACAGCCUCAACCUCAAGAAGAAGCAGAAGAGGAGAAGAAGAAGAGUGCAGCAAAGCCAAACAGAGAGCAGGGUUUACUCCCAGCAAUCAUCACCACCCUGCUGCUCGUCCCUCUACUGCUGGUCAUCUCCAUUGGAGUCUUUAUCUGCUGCAGGAAAAACAACCGAUGUGAGGUGAAAACUGAACCCAGCUCCAUGGGAGGGAUCUUGGGAAAAAUAAGAGGUAAAGCUGUGGGCAGUCUGAACCUGGGGAACUUCUUUGCUUCCCAUAAGGGUUACAGUCGUCAGGGCUUUGACCAGCUGAGCACUGAAGGCAGCGACCAGGAGAGAAACGAUGCGGACAGCAGCGACUCAGAGAACGAGGAGUACUCUGCUCUGCCUCCUCAGUCCUCCUCUUAGACACUCUGUGGCCAGCCACCAACUUCUGCUUACAUUGCUACCAUGUAUCUUAUUCUUCAUGUAUCUAACUGUUGUGUAAGCUGCCAAUCCUAUUAUUUAUAUAUUUAAAAAUAUGCUGUAUAUAAAAAUAAUUUAGACAAUUUAUUUAAUUUACCUGUGGUCUUGAUACAGCCUUGGAAACACAUUUCACACACAUCACUAUGAAAGAUUGUUUCCCCCAAAUCAAAAUUGCAUUUAGUGAUAUUAUUGACACAAUAGUAUCUGGUGUCAGAUUCAGCCUUAAAACAAGACCAAAUCUGCCAAAGGGCGGGCUCUCCUUUUUAUUUGUUUUAGGGAUUUUCUUGAAAUGAGUAUGAAGAACUUUUCUAUUAAAUUCUUGAAAUAAGUUUUGUUUUGAAACGGGUAAAACAAAUCUAAGCCCAUUAUUAGAUCUUUAUUUUAACUCCAAACUCUACCUUAACUUCCGACUGAAAUGUGUCGAGCAUUCCACAUUCACUCAUAUUAUUCCUUUGUACACAAAGCGACCUGCUUUCAUAGCAGUACUGUGACCAGCACAAGCAGCUCUGCGACACUUUGUUAUGUUGCUGACCUGUUUGCACAGGUGGAAGUAGAUGUGCAAACGGGAGGAAGCUUAGAUAUUGAGCUGAGAAUAGGUGUCAGUCAGUUUCUGAAACAACGUCACUCCACUGCAGAUUGGUUGAUAUUGUCAACAAGAGAAAUGUAAGGAUUUGGAGAGAGUAUUGUAAAUAAACAUUCUGACAAGAAUAUGCCUUUAUGGUGUAUAACAAACCCCCUUUCAAGUGCUUUAAUGUGGACAAAGCCCCUGAAUGUAACUUGAUUCUUACAGUAUCUAUUGGGCACAUCUGCUUUAUAAUGUAGGACAGUGUGCAGUAAAUGUCUGCAGUCUGUGCUCACCUAUUGCUUUGUGCUGGUCACUGUGCUUGCUCCAUUAAAAUAGGGCAAAAGAAAAUAAAAAAAGAGAAGGAAAAAGAAAACUCCUGUUGGCGGUUUAUUUUUCUGUUCAGUGUUUUGGUUCUGCUGGAACUGGACAUAAAUACAGCGUUUUUCAUGACUUAUCAAUAUAUUUGAGUAUGGAUUCAACAAUGACGGAUUAAUUAUGGCAAUUUCAUUUUGAUCUUAAAAAUGAAUAGUUAACAGCACUGAUAUAGUUUAUGAUAUAAAACGUUUAGAUUUAAUAGAAAGUGCAUCCUUCCUAACAUGAAUCUGUAGUGAAGCUACUCACAGCAUUAUUUCAACAUGAUAGUUUGGUCCAUGUUUAACAUUUAAUGUUCUGCCUUUUUAAGUUUGUAUUUUGCUUUUGAUCAGCAUCUGCCAUUUCAACAUGUUCUAUGGGAUACAAAUAGCUGCUGCUAGUAGAGCUUGUACUAUAUUGAUUUCUCUGAAUGGAAAAUUGAUAGUAUUACCUAUAUAUGUACAUGUAUAUUCAUGUGUGUGAGUGUGAGUGAGAGAGAGAGUGAGUGAGAGAGAGUGAGUGAGUGAUACCAAGUCUUAAGCACUGUAACUAUGACUUUAAACUCACUAACUCCAGACAAUAUAAAGAAGCAGCUUGACUUGAGCCGAGUUCAUACAUCUGACAUCAGAACCACAUCAGUCUGUUUGCAAGUUUUAAUCUCCUUACCUACAAAUCAUAUAUACUUGACAUUUUUAAAUGCAUGCUGUACUCUCAAAACUUACUUGAGUUGUGUAAUUCAAAGCAGUGAUCAUUAUUGUUGUUAGGUAAUUCAUUCAAAGUGUGGAGUCAUUUAAACAUUCUGCACUGCAUCACCUAAUAUUGUAGGGCUGCAACUAACAAGUAUUUUUGUUAAUUUAAUUUAAUCAGGCAGAUAGUUUCUCGAUUAAUCAAUCAAUCGUCUCGUCUAAAAGUAUCCAUCUUUAUUCCCAAGAGCCCAAAUUGAUAUAUUUAAAUGACUUGUUUUGUCAUUUCAAACCCAAAGACACUAAUGAAUAUCUGAGAAAACUAAUAAAUAUUCAAAUUUGAGAAGCUGGAACCAAUAAAUAUUUUCAUUGUUGCUGAAAUUAUAAUAUAUAUGGUAUAUAAAAAUAGUUGCAGGUUAGUUUCCUUUCAAUUAAAUGAAAUCGAUUAAUCGACUAAUUGCUUUAGCUCUAUAAUACUGAUUUGUGUUAGAUUAUUUGAGUCAUCAGAUGGAAACUGAUGGAUACCUGGAACAUUAGAAAUACAUUUAAAUUCCUUCGGCACAGCAGCAUCAUUUGCAAAAUGGCUAGCUGUGAUUUAAAGUAUACGAUCUGUAGCAGACGGGCUAAAACAUGAAGAAACAGCUUGCAUGGUUCUUGAAUUAUUUGUCUUCGUUGGGGAAGAUCUGCUUAUUAAUGCAUCUGUAUCAGCAGUGGGAUCUUUUGUUUAUUGUGAAACAUUUUGCACAGGUACAGCAGCAGGUGAAAAGUUUGUUACAAAUUGGAAUUGUUUCCUAACAAUUAGUACAUUGCUUGAGAGUUAACUUAAAAUAAAAGAAUAUGAAUUGAUCAUGUUUACAAAUUUAUAUAAAUGAAAGAAGACUGAGAAUAUGGCCAGAAACAUGUUCACUCAAACCUAAAGCACAAGUCAGGUUGUCAAUAAGUAAGUUAUUCAGAAAAAUAUCAAUCCAGGACAUGAGCCAAUAAAAGCUCAUUCAAAGCACACACCUCAAAAACACAGAGGAAACACAGAUGGUGGGAUGGAGAGUAUGUUUGUCACAAUAUUCCGUUUCAUUCUGUAUUCUCAGGUUUGCUCAAUCUUUCAUUACUUAUUCUUACAUUUCAUCCUGUAUUCUCAGACCCUAAUGACAUAUUUCUAUUAUCCAUAUCCAUCAUAUCUGUAUUUGCAAAAUAGUUUGUAUGAAUGCUUUCUUAAUUGCAUGCCAUAGAAAUUGCAUUUACGUUGUUGCAGUCACAUGUGGGCUAUCUGAUAUUUAUUUUGACACACUGGUUUUGCUGCAAGAGUACUAUUUUCAGUAAUGAUGUUAUUUGUGUAAUAAAGUAUCUGCAAAGCAUAA